AUCCCAUCAGAAAUAAAAAGCGCUGUAGGCCUAAUUAAUUGUUGUGAUGUGCAUUACCUCCACAUGCAGGACUACAUAGCAUGCUAUUGAGUGUACAGUACGGCUCGGAGCCCGACUGCGGCAUCUGCAGAGUAUAUCCUAGUAUGUACAUACUGUACAUGUUCGCUGUGCUUGCGACAUCACUAAACAAACAGGGAUAUCCUACAUACAUUUUGUGGAGGAAAACAGCAAGCUUGUUGCUCACAACAAACAUUUAAAGAUGGGUUCCAUGAUGGCAAAAGCAAUGGAUGAAAACUUCCAAAAGAACAAGGAAUUUAUGCAAGGGAUACAGGAAACGAUGCUGGAACGCCAGAUUCAAAUGCAGAACCAGAUGAGAGAGAAGUCGGUAGCAAUGCAGCUCUCAGGAUCUCGAGAGAUGUUCAACUGGAUUGCUUCAUUCUAUGGUGUGGUUACAGUCACAUGUUUAGCAGGGUUUAUGAAAAGGAAGAACCCAGCUGUUUUGAUUCCCCUACUGCCGUUGACGUUCAUUGUUGCAUACCAAUAUGAUUACACCUACGGAACGAAAGUCCUUAGAAUACGAGAGGGUGCGGAGGCCAUUUUGAAGGAGGAACGACAGCUGCUGCCUGUACCUCUAGGCCUGCCGAACUUAGCCAGCAUCGAUGCGGCAAGGGAUGCUACCAAGUCAUCAUAGACACCUUGGACAGAGAUGACUUAGGCAUCACAAUGGCAAACUUUCAGUUCGUCACUGUAAGAUAAUGUCAAAACCAUUCCUUGAGUGGACGCUGAAUAAGGAAACAGACUAGUGUGUCUUCACAAGGAAAUGUCCCACGAAGUGCCCUUUAACAAAAUAUUUUAAUAAAGAAACACUGGUGGAAGAUA